CCUGUGUCCUGUCUCAGGACAAGCGCGUUGCAAUCGCUGUUGCAGACACAUUUAUUGUGCUCUGUGGACAAACAAAGCUCUCUUCAGAUCAUGUCCCAACAAACUACAUGAGUUAUUACAUCGGGGGUCUACCAGCACUGCUCAGACAGAGACACAACAUCACAGCUCCACCGCUCAGAGGAUGCGUGUCUCACCUGACGGAGGAUGCAGAGUUUGUGAUUUCAUACAACAAGACAAUCGGUGUCACUCAUGGAUGUCCCAACCUAGCACUGAGUAUUCGUUCAGCGACGCUGUACUCGCCUCUGCCUGUCGACUCCCUGUUUGACCGAGGGGAACAGUCGCUCAGAGUCUCUGUGGGCUUCAGGAGCACAGACACACAUGGUGUUUUUCUCAGGAGCAGCUCUCAGGCCUCCUCUGUCCAUGACCUCCAACUGUCCCUGGCUGACGGCUAUGCAGUGUUUAAUAGUGAUAAUUAUGUUGUGAGGUCAGACAAAAGGUACAAUGAUGGAAGCUGGCACUACUUAUCUGCAGUAAGGAGGCCAACAGGGUUGGAGCUCAGCAUCGAUAACGUAAGAGUGACUCAGGGACAGUCGAGCGACAAAAGGUCACUGGAUCGAGAUAUGCAAGGAGGAAAUUUCACAGGCUGCAUCACUAACCUUUACACAAGAAGGCCUAACCAGCAGCUUCUACCUGCUGAUCUAAGCUUGUUAUCACUAACGGAAGAUGUCGUCCUUGGUCGGUGCAGUCUCCAUCCCCCAUCGCAGACGGAGGUUUCACCUCCGAAACACGAACCUCUUCAGGCUCCGGCAGGCAGCCGGUGUAAGCGCAGACAUGCACAACAUGGUGAAUAUCAGCUCUCUGGGGAACACAGCUGGCUCAGUUACAACCUGCCACAACAGGACCUUAAUUAUAGGCCUCACUUCGCUCUCGACAUCAAGACCAACUCGUCCAAAGGGCUGAUCCUCCACGCAGCAGGGAGAGGAGUCGUCCCCCUGCUGGCUCUGUACUUGGUCAACGGCAAGCUCAGGAUGUCACUUGGGAAAAACAGAAUAAUCCAGCACAAGCAGAAGAGCAACGACGGGAACUGGCACAGAGUUCAGCUCAGUGUGGAAAAAAGCUCUUUUCACCUGCUGGUUGAUGGAGUCCGUGUGACUGAUGGACAUCUUCCAGACGAUGCGGGAUCAUCUUUGAACUUUCACAACCCCGUGUAUCUGGGAGGUGAUCCGAUGAGCAAAACCACUAAAGGACACAACGUUCCCAUGAGCAGUGUCAUUGGAUGUAUCCGGGAUUUCAAACUGAAUGAAGAAGACGUUGGGGAGCCCGAGGCAAGCCACGUAACUUUACCCUGCGUUGAUAGGUUCACAGAGAUGGGGACGUUCUUCGGCGGCGGUCACAUCAUCUUAGAUGAUUACUUCUUCACCACUGGCUCCCAGUUUGAGUUGGCCUUUGAGCUGCGUCCUCGAUACUUGACAGGUCUUCUCUUCCAUGUCCAAAACCACAACAUGAGCCUCGAUGUGUUCUUAAAUGAAACUGAGGUGGGCCUUGAAAUGAACGAUGGUACCGGCCCUGUCAGACUCUCGGUGACUCCUCCUGAAAGCCUCUGUGAUGGGAAGUUUCACAUGAUUACAGUGUCCAAGCGAUCUGAACUCAUCACACUCGCGGUGGACUCCACGUUUGAGCAGAGAACUCUCCCGUCCGCCUUGUACACAACAGCGCUGGAUUCAGUUUACAUCGGAGGAACAACAAAUCAAAACCGAGCUUCUGUGUCGUCACCGUUCAUUGGCUGCUUACGAAAUGUGAAUCUUAACGGAAGGCCUGUUGUAUUUGAGACAGGAUACAGGCUUUUUGGCUCUGUGGGUAUCAACAGCUGCCCUGCAGACUGAGGACAUCGAGUAAUUAAUGGGUGACACAACAACUUCUUUAACCCCAUGGACCCUUUGGCAUCAUUACAAAGUCAUAUUGUGCAGACAGGCUUUAUUCCAAAGAACCUGUGGAUCCACGGCCUGUAGAGCUUUACAUAUUUGCAAGGAUCACUGCAGUUUAUAAUGAUAACACUGUGUAGAAUUAGGUACUUCUGCCAUUCGGUGCUCCUAUUUCACAGGGAAACAUGGACAGCUGUACAUGUGUAUUUGGUAUGAUGGCAUGAGUUUCUUAAUUUGCUUGUAUUUUGUAUAUUUUCAUGUGUUUUCACAGGUUGCAGUGUGUGUUGAGCUCCUUUGUUCACCGUAUAAAUAACGUCUGUACACACCCCUAACCAUCUACCACUUAAAACACAUUGAA